CUCAUGGGGAACGGCGCCAUGCAGCGGCGCAUCCUGGUAGUUGGUGCAUCGAUCUUUGUGGCAACCCUCGCAAUUGCCUUUGUUUUGUUGAUAACCCAGGAAUCGGAUACCCGAGGUAGCAGUGCUCUUUACCAGCAGGCUUACUACACUGUUCCCUCUCAACAACUGGCCUUUGCGAAUCAGGCCAAGUUCACCCAGCUUCCCAGCUAUGUGGUAACUGGAGCAGUGAAUGCCCCCUCUGGUGGAGCCCAAUCCCCCCCGAACGGCGUUGUUAUGCAGUUUCCUGGCAGCCAGGACUCGGUGAGCGACUCGCCUGCAGACGAGGAGGAGGAGGAGGAGGAGCACUUGACUGAAGAGGAGAAGAAGGAGAAGCAGGAGCAAGAGAAACAAAGAAGGUUGAAGAGGUCGCUCGAGAGAACGAAGGAGCGAACGUACAGAAUCAAUGCUCGCAUGGCUGAUCUGCGACGAUAUGUCAAGGCUCAAGCCAGAGAGGUUCUCCGAUCCAUCGAUUCUCAAACCGAGGACAUCGAUUACCGAAUCUCCAAGGUUCCUGGUGUGGUCGGACCAGAAGGCCCAAGAGGUAUUGCUGGAACCCCUGGUAAGAAUGGUGUGAACGGAGCCCAUGGCCAGCCUGGAGAACAAGGACCACAAGGGGAACCAGGUGAACCUGGACCUGUCGGAGAUCCUGGCCCCCCUGGACCAGAGGGAUUGGUGGGACCCGAGGGACCCGAGGGACCUCCAGGACCCCAUGGUCCUGCGGGAAUUCUUGGAGGCCCCGGCCCCAUUGGCCCACAAGGCCGAUCUCGUCGCCGCCUCUAAGACUGAAGAUUCUUCUGGACCGGCUGGACCUCCAGGCAUCGCUGGACCUCCUGGACCCAUUGGACCACAAGGCAAGAGUCGAAGAUAAGCAUCGGACUACCUGCUUCCUUACCACAGCGAAUCAAAAACAAGCGAUAUGCUUCUAACCGGCGCAUGUUGUCUUCUGCAAAAAUACAGACAAAUUUUC